AGGACAGAACACGACUAAUUCGUUGCUAAUCAUCUCCUUAACCUUAACCCUAAAACCCCUUUUGUCAAAACCCUUUCUCCCCCUCUAUCAACACACACACACACACACACACACACACACACACAACUCUCUCUGCGAGUCACAUGAUUUCACAAAUUACCUUACAACAAACAAACAAACAAACCCAACUGUAAAAACUGAAAUGCUUGGCCACAACUAUGCAUAAACUGCUGCACACAAACCCUAUUUUCACUUCACCAUCUAAUUCAUUAGGGUUUAACAUUAUCCCCAAAAAUCUUGCUCUAGGGUUUAUCAACACUCUCUCUAAUUACUCCACUAGUUUGGUUAUGGCCACUUCUUUGCACCUCAGGCCACUGGCUGGGGGCUCUGGGAUUACUAGUGCUGGGGCAAUUUGUCGAAAAGCGAAAGUGGGGAGGACUAAUUGUGGGAUUUGUAGGUGUUCUGUGGAGAGUUUGGGGCCUUUUAGGGCUUGGAGUGUGUUGAAAGAGAGAAGGGUUGGUUUGCGAUUUGCGGGGUUUUGUAGUGAGAGUAAAGAUAAGGCUUUUAGUGGGAGAGAUGAGGUUUUGAAGGCUUUUAGUGGUAAAGAUGAGAAUUUUGGUGAGAAAGAUGAGGUUUUUAGUGGUCAAGAUGGAGUUCUUGAGGCUGCGGUGAAGAGUGGGGAGGGGGAAAUUAAUAAAGAUAAGGUUUUUAAGGGUGCGGCGAAGAGUGGGGAGGGGGAGGGUGGUAAAGAUGAGGUUUUUAAGGGUGCCGCGAGGAGUGGGGAGGUAGAGGGGGAGGUUAAGAAGGAAUUGGAAGAGAAGAGGAGGUUGAAUAGGAGGCCGAGGGGAAAUGAGGGUGGAAUGGCUGGACUGAUUGCAGGGAGUCCAGAUUUGUUGGCCAUUCCAGGAGUGGGACCAAGGAAUUUGAAGAAGCUUGUGGAGAAGGGGAUCGGAGGUGUUGCGCAGCUUAAACGGAUUUAUAAAGAUAAGUUCUUCGGAAAAUCCAGUGAGAAGAUGGUGGAGUUCUUACAAGGUUCAGUUGGAAUAAUUCACAAGAAUCAUGCUGAGAGUAUAACUACUUACAUAAAAGAGAGUGUGGAUGAGGAAUUGAGAGAUGAUACUUCCAGUUUGGAUGUCAAGCCAAGCCAGAAGAAGCGCCUUACGUUUUGUGUUGAAGGAAAUAUCAGUGUUGGGAAAUCUACUUUCCUGCAAAGAAUAGCUAAUGAAACACUUGAACUACAGGAUCUUGUUGAAAUUGUUCCGGAACCUGUCAACAAGUGGCAAGAUGUUGGACCUGAUCACUUCAAUAUAUUAGAUGCUUUUUAUGCUGAGCCCGAAAGGUAUGCAUAUACCUUCCAAAAUUACGUCUUUGUCACAAGACUAAUGCAGGAGAAGGAGUCCUCUGGUGGAAUUAAACCCCUCAGGUUGAUGGAGAGAAGUGUUUUUAGUGACAGAAUGGUGUUUGUGCGAGCUGUUCAUGAAGCAAAGUGGAUGAAUGAAAUGGAAAUUAGCAUAUAUGACUCUUGGUUUGAUCCUGUUGUGUCAUCUUUGCCUGGACUUGUACCAGAUGCCUUUAUUUAUCUGAGAGCAAGCCCUGAUACAUGCCAUAAGAGAAUGCUGCUACGGAAGAGGGCUGAGGAAGGGGGUGUAAGCAUCGAUUAUCUGCGUGGUUUACAUGAAAAACAUGAAAGCUGGCUUUUUCCAUCCGAAAGUGGAAAUCAUGGUGUUUUCUCUGUAAAUAAGCUACCAUUCCAUGUUGAUCACACUUUGCCCGCAGACAUUAGAGAUCGUGUAUUUUAUUUAGGAGGUGAACAUAUGCAUUCAAGCAUUCAACAGGUGCCUGCUUUGGUUCUCGACUGCGAGCCUAACAUUGAUUUCAACAAAGAUAUUGAAGCAAAAAGACAGUAUGCUCGUCAAGUUGCAGAUUUCUUUCAAUUCGUGAAGAAAAAGAAAGAAGAUACAUGCAGUGAAGCAGAAAAGAGUUCUCAACCACAUGCACUGAUUCCCAAUCAGGGUGGACUAUGGUUGCCCAACGGGAAGCACCUUCCUGAUUCGGCACUGAAGUCCUUAGAUUUCAGACGAGCAAUGUCAUGCAUGUCAUCUUAGUGCUCUUCUUCAACAAGUUUUAGUGAGUGCAUAUAAUCAAUAGGGUUGUUUUCUCAACCCUCUACUAAUCUGGCAUUGAAUUCCUUCGAGUUCAGAGUAGCCAUAUAAUGCACAUGACUUGGAGAUAUUUAAGGACUUUAAAUGUGAUGAUUGCCGUAUUACUGUAGUUUCCUCUGUCGUUUGUAAAUAGCCGUCGUGUUAUCCUAGACCCUGAACUUGUAGAUUUUUUUAAAAGUUGUGGUAUCUAUGGAUAUGCUUGUAUUUGUCUAAAUUUUAAAUUAGAUUGAAGUUUGCUUUACAAUAUAAGCACAAGGAUGUUUUCUUGCCUGUCA